UCGGUCGGAUGACAGCAGGAACUGUUGUCAUCACUGGCGGAAUACUAGCAACUGUCAUCUUAUUGUGUAUCAUUGCAGUUCUUUGCUAUUGUAGGCUACAGUAUUAUUGCUGCAAGAAAGAUGAAGCUGAGGAAGCUGAAGAGGAGGAAGAGGAGGAAGAGGAGGAGGAAGAAGUCAACCUUCCCCUGCACUCACACUAUGUUAUGUGCAAUACUUGCAACUCUCGUAUCAUGGACGGGCAGGGCAACUCCUCCUUUCCACCACAUGAGCUUAACAAACAGAGCAACCGGAACUAUGGCCCAAUAUGUUCCCCCUACAGGUCUCCCUUUUACAUACGGACCACCGACAUGGUGCGGAAUGGGGGCGAGAGUGUCACCUACACACCCAUAUGCUGCAAGGAUAUGGGGCUGCCUGUCAAAAUGGCAACCCACCAAAAUUACCCGGUGACCCAUCACUGCACCAUCCACGAGACCUUUCCAAAUCUGAGGGCUUUUAGUACAGAAGUAUGAUCACUGUCUAUCACUAUCACGGGUGCUUCAGUGUGAUCCUUUUUGUCGGGUGGGGAUUUCCAUGUUAUGUGUUUCAGCCAAAAUGGAACAUGUGCCCAAGACCCACCAUUGUUCCUGAUCUUUGCAGCAAAAGAUUUGUAUCGUUGUGCAGAUUUCAGCCUGCAAGCUGACGUUGUUGUUUUCACUGAAGGGUCUUGUCUAAAGAGGGCUAUCUACAAUACAAAAUUAUCUUGCAAUUCAAGGUUCUUGGAACUCCACUUUACAAUUCCAUCCCCACUAAGAGGUUUGGGAUAUACAAUUAGGCAGCCCCAUUUGUCUCUCUCUUCAAAGCAAUACCCACUCACUUUCCUUGAUUAGUAGAGUAGGCUCACAUUAGUCAGUUCAAGAACUCGUUGGGGGACAUCAUAAUUCCCCACCAGCUUGGUGGCAUCAGUGAGAGGUAUGACAACAUUUUUACUGAAUUAGUGUUCAUUGGAGGUGGAAAGAGAGCAAACAAGCAAGCAAGAAAUGAAAUGUUCUGAUUAUUUUUGUAAUUCAUUAGUUAUGGACUGAAUGCUUUAUUUGUACUAGAAUGUAAAAUAGGCAGCCAUUCUGUACUUAAUACACACAUGUACACACAUGCACAAGCACACACAUAUACUAACGAUAAGAAACUGGGAGCUGAAGAACUGGAGAAAUUCCCAAUUUCUUCUAAAAUCUGAUUUUUUUUAAACUGCAAAAACAUCCUGUUCUCCCCAAAUCCUCAAUUCUUAACAGGCUUUUUAAAGAGCACUUAAUCCUGACAUUUAAAAGCCACACCUUCCCCAAGCUUUGUUAAGUUUUCUCUAACCUCCCAUCCCCAUGUGAUUAAAGCUCGGCAUUCUGGUAGAACUGCAAAAGGUAAUAUUUUUAUCACCAAGCCAUGAUAUGGAAGGAUGGAAGUGAGUAUGAAGGCCAAUGCCAAAUUCAAUAGUUUCAUGACUUUUGUAAGGUAAUUACCUUUUAAAAUACAACUGUCCAGAUCCAGAAAAAAAUGUACUGAAUUGAUUUCUGAGUUUGAUUGAUAACUUCUGCAAGUCUACCCUUUGCUAUUUGUGAAAUGUUCAGGUGUUUGAAUUUCCGAUGGUUUGAUCUUCCAAGGAGGGUAGAUAAGGUUAUUUUGGCAACUAUUUUUGUCUAUUCAUUUGAACAAGCACAACAGUCAUUCUCUGAAGUAUCAAUCGGCAAUCAGUCUUGUAUACUCUUCUCUAUUUAUAUGAACUGAAUGUUUAUCAGAGAAGGCAUUUAAAAUCUUAGCCUAAAAUGGUAAUCAUCUCAAAAAACUCAAGGAUGCUGAAACGAUAAAGGAAUCAGUGUAUGUACAGGUAUACAGACUCAAUUGAUUUCAAUUAUAUUUUGAACAAUUUGAGUUUAAUCUGGAUUGUGCCCCUUUAUCCUGGUCUAUAGUUCCACUGGAGCUGCAGCUGAGUAAAACCUGGGCUCCCUCCACAAUAGAAUCCUAAUUUUGUAUAGUUUAAAAUUCUAUGGAGAACCAACAUGCCAGAGAUGGAUCUCUAAUGCAUACACUUUCUCUUUACCCACAGAAUCUGUCAAGACUUUUCUGGGUUGGGGGAAGAACUAAUGUACUCUUCCCACUUCCUGUCUUGCACAUAGAACUUACACAUAUUUCUAAUCUGGAAGACAUAUGACAAAUGUGUGUCUGCAUCUGCAGUCCUCUGAGGUAGGACAGGCAACAAUAGAGUUAUAUAUUGCCAGCACCACCCUUCUUAUGUUCAUGACUAACUUUCAUGCUGAGCACACAGAAAACCAUGCUUUGAGGUUCUUAAUCCUGUAGAUGCCUAGAAACUCUCAGUAUUCAGGGAAUAAGCUCUCUGGGGUCAAUGAACAGGAGAAAGUUAACUCAAAUGUGUGCAGAUAGCUGUUUCUCAUAUGAAGCUUUCCUUC